GUAUGGUGAUGGCUACAUUAUGAUUGGUUUCUCACGAGGGUGUUUUGUAGUCAUUUCUACACACAUUCGUGAGAUAGGUCAAGAAAUCUUUCAAGCUCAUAAUCAUAAGGAUAAUCUAAGCAGCAUUGCUGUAUCACAGUCAUUAAACAAAGCUGCAUCAUGUGGAGACAAUUGCAUUAAGAUCCAUGAUCUGUCAGACCUGAGAGAAAUGUAUGCCAUAAUAAACUUGGAUGAUGAAAACAAAGGUAUGUUAACACUGGCUUGGACAGAUGACGGACAGUUGUUGGCAGUAUCUACACGAAGAGGAUCCCUCCAUGUUUUCUUGACAAAGCUUCCAAUCCUUGGAGAUGCUUGCAGUACACGGCUUGCAUACCUCACUUCUCUUCUUGAAGUUACUAUAGCCAAUCAUGUGGAGAGAGAGCUACCAGUUACUGUCUCUGUUGAAGUAGAGCCCAGUUUUGUUGCUAUUGGUGUUUAUCAUUUGGCUGUAGGAAUGAACAAUCGGGCUUGGUUUUAUGCUCUUGGAGAGAAUAAUGUAAAAAAGCUUAAAGAUGUGGAGUACCUGGGGACAGUAACAAGUAUGCACCUUAAUUCCGAUUAUGCCGCUGCUCUCUUUGAGGGUAAAGUCCAGUUGCAUAUGAUAGAAAGUGAAGGUUUGGAUGGUCAGGAAGAACGAGAAACUCGACUCUUCCCAGCAGGUGAUGAUAAAUACCGAAUUUUAUGCCAUGCUUUAACUAGUGACUUCCUCAUAUAUGGUACAGAUACUGGAGUUAUUCAUUAUUUCUACAUUGAAGACUGGCAAUACGUGAAUGAAUAUCGGCAUCCUGUCAGUGUGAGAAAAAUUUUUCCAGAUCCCAAUGGAACCAGAUUGGCUUUCACAGAUGACAAAAGUGAUGGCUUUGUCUAUUGUCCAGUAAAUGAUAGAUUAUAUGAGAUUCCAAACUUCUCACCAACUAUUAAAGGAAUCUUGUGGGAAAACUGGCCAAUGGAUAAAGGUGUUUUUGUUGCUUUUGAUGAUGAUAAAGUGUACACUUAUGUUUUUCAUAAGGAUGCCAUUCAAGGAUCAAAGAUUAUUUUGGCAGGUGCCACAGAAGUCCCCUUUUCCCAUAAACCUUUGUUGUUGUAUAAUGGAGAAUUAACUUGUCAGACUCAGAGUGGGAAAACAAACAAUAUCUAUCUAAGCACUCACAGUUUCCUUGGCAAUUUGAAAGACCUUGGACCUAAUGAACUGACACAAAUGCUUACUCAGACUUUAAUGUUGAAAAGGUUUUCUGAAGCAUGGGAGGUGUGCAGACUUCUGAAUGACCAGUCUGGUUGGAAUGAGCUGGCCAAAGCUUGCUUACAUCAUAUGGAGGUGGAUUUUGCAAUACGUGUUUAUCGGACAUUUGGUAAUGCUGGGAUGGUGAUGUCACUAGAGAAAAUAAAGGGAAUAGAAGACCACAACCUUUUAGCAGGACAUCUUGCCAUGUUUACUAGUGAUUUUAAUCUGGCUCAGGAUUUAUAUCUGGCAUCCUCCUGUCCUAUUGCUGCACUUGAGAUGCGAAAAGACUUGCAACACUGGGACAGUGCACUUCAGCUGGCUAAGCGUUUGGCCCCAGACCAAAUCCCUUUCAUAUCAAAGGAAUAUGCAAUGCAGCUGGAAUUCACGGGUGAUUAUAUUAAUGCUCUGGCACAUUAUGAGAAGGGAAUCACUGGAAACAAUAAGGAACAUGAUGAAGCUUGCCUUGCUGGUGUGGCUCAAAUGUCCAUUCGAAUGGGAGAUAUCCGUCGAGGGGUAAACCAGGCCAUUAAACAUCCCAGUAGGUCACUAAAAAGAGACUGUGGAGCUAUUCUGGAGAGUAUGAAGCAAUUUUCAGAAGCUGCUCAGCUGUAUGAAAAGGGACAAUAUUAUGACAAGGCAGCAUCAGUAUACAUCCGGUGUAAAAACUGGGCAAAGGUUGGUGAACUUCUUCCUCAUGUUUCAUCUCCAAAGAUUCACCUACAAUAUGCAAAGGCCAAAGAAGCAGAUGGCAGGUACAAGGAAGCUGUGAUAGCUUACGAGCAUGCAAAACAAUGGGACAGUGUAAUUCGACUGUAUUUGGAUCACCUUAACAAUCCUGAAAAGGCUGUUAAUAUUGUGAGAGAAACACAGUCUCUUGAUGGAGCAAAGAUGGUGGCCAGAUUCUUUCUGCAGCUUGGUGACUAUGGUUCUGCCAUCCAGUUCCUAGUCAUGUCCAAGUGCAAUAAUGAAGCUUUCACGUUAGCUCAACAACACAACAAGAUGGAGAUUUAUGCUGAUAUCAUCAGUUCUGAAAGUACUACCAAUGAAGAUUAUCAGAGUAUCGCACUAUAUUUUGAAGGAGAAAAGAAACAUUUUCAGGCGGGAAAAUUUUUCUUGCUGUGUGGUCAAUAUGGACGGGCAUUAAAGCACUUUAUGAAAAGUCCAAGCACAGAAGAUAACUUGGCUAUAGAAAUGGCAAUUGAAACAGUGGGACGGGCAAAAGAUGAAUCCCUUACAAAUCAGCUGAUAGACUAUCUUAUGGGAGAGAGUGAUGGCAUGCCGAAGGAUGCCAAGUACCUAUUCCGCUUAUACAUGGCACUAAAGCAAUACAGAGAAGCUGCCAGAACAGCUAUAAUAAUUGCCAGGGAGGAGCAGUGUUCAGGAAACUACCGAAAUGCACAUGAUGUUCUUUUCAGUAUGUAUUCGGAGUUAAAGACCCAGAAGAUUAAAAUUCCUUCUGAGAUGGCUACAAACCUUAUGAUUCUACACAGCUAUAUUUUAGUGAAGACUCAUGUGAAACGUGGUGAUCACAUGAAGGGAGCACGUAUGCUUAUACGUGUAGCCAACAACAUCAGCAAGUUCCCAUCACACAUUGUGCCAAUUUUGACUUCAACUGUAAUUGAGUGUCAUAGAGCAGGAUUGAAGAACUCUGCCUUCAGUUUUGCUGCUAUGUUGAUGAGACCUGAGUAUCGUAAUAAAAUAGAUCUUAAAUACAAAAAGAAAAUUGAAGCAAUGGUCAGACGUCCAGACACAACAGAGGCAGAGGAGCCAACAACAGCCUGUCCCUGUUGUGCGUUCCAGCUCCCAGAGUGUGAACUUUUGUGUCCCGGCUGUAAAAACAAUCUCCCAUACUGUAUUGCAACGGGCCGGCACAUGGUACGAGAUGACUGGACAGUCUGCCCACACUGUGACUUUCCUGCCCUCUAUUCAGAAUUCAAGAACAUGUUACAGACUGAAAACAUAUGUCCAAUGUGUUCCGAAAGGAUUAACAUUGUUCAUCUUAAGAAAAUAAAUGACUGCACACAGUACCUCAGACCAGAUGAUGGGGACCAAUAA